AUGGGCAGCGGCCACAGCAAGGAGAAGAAAAGCAAGAAAGACGCCGGACGGCAGGAUGGAGCCAAGCGCACGCGACGAGGCAACGCCGUGGCGGAGAAGCGUUUGGCGAGCUUGGAAGGGCAGCUGAGGAUCCUGAAGGAAGCGCUCUCGGCCGGCGCCGAGAUGGCCGAGCUCCUCAAGGAGCACGCCGACGAGGAAACGUGCGAGCUGGUGCUCGCCAUCGUCGACAAGGUCAAGACGGAGACGAGCGCCCGCCUCGACUCCGUUCAUCGACAGCAACGACAACAAACGGCGCUACGGCACCAGCAACAACUGAAUGAGGUGGAGCAAUCUCACGAGGAGGUCAAAGUUCAGCUGACAGAAUCGUUUCAGAACAGUGAGAACGCAUUGAAGGCGGAGGUGAGCCGCUUAAAAGCAGAGCUGGAGCAUUACGAGCACCUCAAGAGGCGUGUCCAAGAGUCCACCUUCAAGCGCGAUCUCCUCCGCAACAUUCAGGCCCACGGCAGUCCGGGUGCAUUCUGGGAGUCGGAGCAGGAGUCUUUGCUGUUCGUCAUCGAGAUGAAGAGCGAACGCCUCCGAGAGCUGAACGCCGACGUGCGACGGACGGAACAACUGGCGGAGGAGAAGUCGUGCGUGGAGGACCGACUGGUGCAAACCUCGCGGGAGAACGAAGACUUGAAAGUACGGGUGGACAAAAGUCAAAGUGUCCUGCAGCGCGUGUGUGCGGAACGCGACGAUGCGCUCGCGUCCUGCGAGCGUCAGCGUUUGCUGAACGAGGCCUUGACGCGGGAGAAAGAGCAGCUGCUCUUCAAACUCCGCCGCUAUCCAAACCCGGGGGACGCCGAGUCACCGGCCAGAACGGAUGACGCUGCCGUGGCGGUCGGCCAAUGGGAGCGCGGCGGACGGGCGGCCACGCCCUCCGGGGGUCCCGCGGGAGAUCCGAAGGAAGGAGGAGAAGGGGCCCUCCUGCGGGACGCCGUAAAGAGCGCGGCCGUCCUUUCCCCUCUCCUCUCUCCCUCACAUCGGCGAGCUCCUUUUGAAGGCGAGCGCGCUUCCAUCAAAGGCGCUUUCCGCGUCUCGUGGCACUUUUCGCUCCGCCGGCUCCCGGCUCCCGUCCCGUCACGCCCCCUCGGGACGUACCCCGCCCCGGUCCUCCCGAGUUCCGUGCUCCGAGGGGGGGGCGAAGAAGGAUCGCGCCUUCAGGACCCCGGCCUCGCCGGGCCGGUCCCCGGUCCGGAUUAA